AUGCCUCAUAAGGCGGUGAAAUCUCAAAGUAAACUACCAGAAAAGGAGGUGGAGAAGUGGACUCCCUUUGACCAUCCACACUACGUACAAUUCAACGCCCCUGUCGAUGCUUGGGGCGCUCGACUCCUCAACGAUAGUGUCAAGCCUCAUGUUGACUCUUUCAACCUAUUCGUAAUAACGGGGCUCACUCCCGAGGCAACCAAUGAGAUCCUCGGGCUCCUUCCCGAUGAUAUCUCCCCUGCCGAAAUGACUUGGCAUGAUGGGACCACCGUCCGUUGCUGGUUAUCUGACUUGUCCCUGCAUCAGCCCAUUCGUGGAGAGGACGUCCUAGACCCUCGCCUUCUACCCACUCACUGUCGCCAGGCCCACAUUACGUAUUCUGGGGAGCUCUCAGCGACAGUCAACGUAUCGCUUGGCACGGGGGAGCCGCCGGUCCAAAUGGCCCGGGUACCGCUGGGAUUGGUCCCCAUCAUGGUCCGCUCUGAGGCAUGUCAUCUCCACGGUAUGCCCCCCUCAAAGAUGGUUCAAUGCGGGGAAGACCCCGAUGAGAGGGGCGGGUACUUCAUCGUCAAUGGCAAUGAGAAGGUCAUACGUCUGCUGAUUAUGCCCAAGAGCAACUUCCCUGUUGCCCUUUAUAGACCCAGCUUCUCCAACCGAGGUCCGCUUUACUCCGCCUACGCGGUCCAGAUGAGGUCCAUGAGACCCGACUUGACCACCCAGACGGUCACUAUGCAUUAUAGGAAGGACGGAACUUGUUGGGUAAGAUUCACCUACCUCAAGAACGAGUACCUUAUCCCUUUGAUGCUCUUGUUGAAGUGCCUGGCUCCUGACGAGCUCAACUCUGAACGAAGCCUCUUCGAGCUCCUCUGUGACGGUCUGAUGGCUGAUACGUUCGUUGCCGAGCGUGUUACGUGUAUGCUGGAGCAGAUGAGGACCCACCCCGAGCUGAAGCAUGUCCAUUCUCGCGAGGAUGCCCUCUACUAUCUCGGCUCUAAGUUCGAGGUGGUUUUCCGAGAGAAGCGUGGGGCAGGGGUAUCGCUCGAUGGAAUUGCACUGGAAGUUGAUGAUGCCGCCAUGAGCCCUGUUGAGAAGUCUGUGUCGGUGGCUCGACGUCUGUUGGAUUCCCUCAUGCUCGUUCAUUGUCCUAAGGGGGCCGAGGGUGGCAAGGCUAAGGUCGAUUGCCUGGUGCUUAUUUUCCGUAAGCUGAUGGCUUUGGUCCGUGGCGACAUUGCUCCUGAUAACGCUGAUGCUAUGGAUGUCCAAGAGCUCCUCCUCCCUGGUCAGCUCUUCGGGGCUCUCCUUAAGGAGGUCCUUCAGUCCUCUCUAUUGAGAUUGGAAGGAGCCUUGGCCAAGAAGUCGCGACAAGCCCAGGUUGGCAAGGGUCGAGCCCCUACUGUACUCUCAGCCGAACUCAUCCGGAACACCUUCAUGGGCGUUUGUGACGUUACUAAACGUAUGGAGAGCUUCUUGGCCACCGGCAACAUUACCUCGAGGAGUGGUCUUGAUCUACAGCAGACCACAGGUUUCACUGUGGUCGCUGAUAAGCUUAACGCCUACCGUUACCUGUCCCACUUUAGGGCUGUGCAUAGAGGUUCCUUCUUCCAAGAGAUGAAGACGACCUCUGUGCGUAAGCUGUUACCUGAGACCUGGGGAUUCCUCUGCCCUGUGCACACCCCUGAUGGUACUCCUUGUGGUCUGUUGAACCAUCUUGCUGCCCCUUGCCAGCCCGUGGUAAGGAUAGCCUCUCCGGAGGGCGUGAUCCCGGGCCUUGAGGAAGAGUUGGCUUCCCUUGGGGUGCAGCUGGUCCGCAGUAGUAAGACCUCUACAGCUAACUAUGGUGCUGGGGAGAAUGCCUACGUCACUCUGGACGGCCGUGUGCUCGGUAAAGUUGCCAGGAGCCGUCUUGAGGCGGUAGCCGAGGAGCUGAGGAGGCUCAAGAUCGAUAAGGAUUGCCCAGGGGUGCCUGCCGACCUUGAGAUUGUGGCCUGCCAGACCCCGGCCUCCUUCGAGGGCCUCUGGCUCUUCACUGGCCCUUGUAGGAUGGUCCGCCCCGUUCGGGACCUGGCCACUGGUAACGAGGAGCUUGUUGGUCCUAUGGAGCAGGUCUUCCUCAAGAUAGCCGCUACUAGGGAGGACUUGGAAGCAUCCACUAAAACGUCUAGUGUCCCCGAGAACAUCCCAAUGAAGUACACUCAUAUCGAGCUGAGUCCUAUUUCUAUGUUAUCGGUCAUCGCUGGUCUCACCCCGUUCUCUAACCAUAAUCAGAGUCCUCGUAACAUGUACCAGUGCCAGAUGCUUAAACAGACUAUGGCCAUACCCUAUCUCAACCAUCCUUACCGCACUGAUAACAAGGUCUAUAAGAUUACCUAUCCUCAGUUCCCCAUGGUCCGCACUACGGUCUUGAGCGAAGCGAACUUCGACGUCAAACCCGCUGGCACUAACGCUAUUGUAGCUGUUAUUGCUCACUCUGGUUUCGAUAUGGAGGAUGCCCUUAUCAUCUCUAAGGGUAGUUAUGAUAGAGGCUUUAAGCAUGGUUCUGUGUACAAGACUAAGGUCAUCAACUGCCCCCCUAAGGGUACUGUGGGCUCCCGGCUAGCUCAGUUCCGGGCUGACAACCACAGCGUGAAGGGGGAGAAGGUCGUGAAGGAUCUUGACUACGAUGGUAUACCGUAUAUCGGCCAACAAGUCCACGAGGGAGAUCCCAUCUGCCGUGUGCUCAACAAGGGUACUGGUGAAGCCAAGUUGGAGAAGUAUAAGGAAGGAGAGGUCGCAUGGGUAGAGCAAGUUAAUAUGAUCGGCGGUGGUGGUUGGUGGGGUGGAGGAGCUGGUGCUAGAAAUCCUGGAGGCAUCAAGGACGGCUCUGAGAGGAUGUCCAUUAAGCUUAGACUGCCAAGGAACCCUGUUGUGGGUGAUAAGUUCUCGUCCCGACAUGGUCAGAAGGGCGUUAUGGCCAUCUUGUGGCCGCAAGCUGAUAUGCCCUUCAGUACCUCUGGUAUCUCACCCGACAUUAUGUUCAAUCCUCAUGGUAUGCCCAGUCGAAUGACCAUCGGUAUGCUUAUAGAAUUCAUGGCGGGCAAGGCUGCUGCUCUUACUGGCAUGCCUGUGGUCAACGCCAACAGUUUCCGCCAGUACCGUGGUAAGGGCCUCCUUGACACUGAGCAUAACAACGAGAAGGAUCCCUAUGCUCCUGGUGAUACCACAGCUCAUGAGUACUUCGGAGAGACCUUGAAGAAGUUCGGUUAUGAAUAUCUUGGGGCGGAGGAGCUCUACUCUGGUAUGCAUGGAGAACCGUUGAAGACUCAUAUUUACAUGGGCGUUGUGUAUUAUCAGAGAUUGAGGCAUAUGGUUCUCGAUAAGUUCCAGGUCCGUGCUACGGGUCCCAUCGACCCUCUCACGAGACAGCCCGUGAAGGGUCGUAAGAAGCAUGGUGGUGUGCGGUUCGGCGAGAUGGAACGUGAUUCAUUGAUUUCUCAUGGAACAUCUGCCCUCCUCGCUGAUCGUCUGCUCAAGUGCUCUGAUGCUUGCGAGGACUGGGUGUGCCCCGAAUGUGGAUCCAUCCUUUCCUAUGCUCAUUCACCUGAGACUGUUAAGCGAUAUAGCGGCAGAGAAGCAGCCGCCCAAGCGCCGAUCUGCCGAGCUUGCUCAACGGAAAGAGGAAUUGAAGUCCGCUGCGCUGCCGUCACCCUCCCCUACGUAUUCCGUUACAUGUCCGCGGAGUUUGCUAGUAUGAACAUCCGCUUGAGACUUCGAGUCAAGGAAGAUUACUAAGAGCCUUCGGGUGUGCAGCAGAUUGCUACCAUCAGUACCAUAAUACGUCCGUUAUGCGCACUGAAACGUCGAGUCACGAUAUUCCUAUUGUUUUCAUCACGGAAACCAAACUUAUGCCAUCGCGAUAUCUCCUUGGUCUUACCAGUAUCUCCAUCGGGACAUUUCGUUACUGUAAUACAACGACUGGUUUCUGU